AUGAGCUGCAUUGCACCUUGCGCUAGUGAGGUGUUCCUGCAGCCAACAGACUUGAAGCUUCUCCUCGAUGAUCCGCAGGUGCCAUCGGUGCCAUGGUAUGCUAUUUGUGUUUCGUGUCACAUGUUUCGGACGUACAGAGUGGUCAGUCGUCGAUGGGCAGGCUUAUUCUCUUCCGCAGAAGGAAGUGCGCAGCAUCCGCUCACAAGGCUUCGCAAGCUCACAGGCUUCACAACUGGCCUCGCAGCCAGACGUCAUGGCAGAAAGUCCAAGGCCGCAGAUGCGGUCCACGCAGUUCCUGAUUUGAGUCUUUAG